GGGUCAGGCGCAAAGACAAACUUGAGGACACGAGUGUCCGUCCUGAGGUGUGUUUCCUCAGAGCCAUGAGCUGCACUCAGCGCUUCAUCACAGACCGAAAGUAUGUCUGAUCUGGAGCCAAAUGCACAAGAGGACAAAGACGUGGAAUCGGUGUCUGACAGCCCAGGUCGUACUCAGGAGCCAUUACAGAGUCACACGUUCUCCCUGAAGAACAAUGCUGCAGGUCUGUCCUCAGAUGAACACGAAAACCCUUUAAAUGGAACCCAGCCGAAUCCAUUUGUAUACAGCAGUGUCCCUGCUGUUCCCCAUGCAGGCAAUUCAUUGCCUUCAGGAGCACUUGUUAAUGGACCUGGUUCACACCCCACCUCAGAGGUACACUGUGUCCUGAACAAAGGCGCUGUUUUAUCCAACAAUGUCCUGGAUGCCGCGUGGCAAGCAGAGAAGGACACGAGCCCCGAGGUGUUACCACCACCUAGUGAGCUUCAAUCAGACGCUUGGAAGAACACAGCGGGGCCCGCCGCAAAAACACUGGCCACACAGCCAGGUGUCAACACGCCACCGUCUCACUCGGAGGAGAAUGAGUCCAAACUGGCCCAUUCCACACUGUCAGGUGCAGACAGCGCAGAGCAAAUGCACAUUAGCCAACCUUUGACAAAACAGACAAUGGAAACAAGAUCUCGACGGGACGUAGAGUGGUCCGAGAGCUCCUCGGAUGAUUAUGAUGAUGCUGAAGCAAUCAGAUGGGAUUCGGCAUCUUUGCACAAUGACAGAAGGCUGGAGACCAAAGUGAUGCACCAACGAGACAGGAAGCACAAUACACAUGUAAAAAGCAUGUCAGGCUCUCUGGAAAAGGUUAACCACACGUGCAGACGUUCCUGUUUCUGCAGUCGCGGUGAUGAAAAUGUUGACAUUGCCAACAAAGAAGAUUCUUCGGGUACACGGUAUGAUAUUAAAUAUUCUGCCGUGCCACUCAAAGAUCUUUCUAGGAACAGAGCUUCAGACCCCGAGCGCCGUAUUUAUAGCACAGCGGCGCAGGAAGGCUGUAAUGAGGAAAAUGACCCUGAAGAUGAAGACAAUUUUAGUUCAAAAGUGGAGCACUUGAAGACGGAACAAAUCGAACAAGAUCCACUUUUCUUUUCAUGCACAAUAUGCAAUGUUAAUUUCAAGGAAGAAAGACAUUUCCACAGACAUAUGAUGUAUCAUUUAGGGAAGCAUAAUCAGGUGAACAGCGUCUCGCAGCCCUUUAUAUGCAGGGAGUGUGGGCGUUUGUUCUGUGAUAGCAACUCUCUCACGAGGCACAUCAUUAUUCACCAAGACAGGCUGGAAAAACUUAUGGAGGAAAUCAAAGGUCUCAAAAACACUGGAGCGGGGGACAGGGGCAACGCAGUGCAGUGCUCGGAAAUCUCUGUCCAGCACGCCAAAACGCACGAUAAUCUGAAGCACUACUACUUCUGUGAGGAGUGUAACUACAUCACACUGACACAACAGGCACUUGAAGCACACAUACAUGUCACACACCUCAGCACACGCACACCUAAAUACGGGAAAAUUACUAAUGAUGCAGAGGAAGCAGACCAGUUUCAGCGUAAAAUGGGUUUUUUCACAAGUGGGGACAAAGAAGACAUUAAAAGGCGAUCACAAUGCGGUAAUUAUAAAAAGUUUGCUAAACCAAAUCUGUUGACACUUGUAGAAACAACCCAUUUCCCCCAGUGCUCCAGUAAAAAAGGGAACAUUUACAUCCAAAAGUCCACUGUCAAAACUGUAAAUUCACCUCGGUUCAAGUGCCGUGUCGGCUGCACCAAAAACACGCUGUCACCGUCUUUGUGGAGGGUCGACAGGCAUGGAAAAUUACUCCUACAGCCGGUGGAAGAAUUAAAUGUGGCAAGUGAUCUCACCUGUGUGGAGGCUGAAAACAAUGACUGCGAGGCUUUUGGCAGCUCAAAGCGGGCAAACUGUCCUGCUACCGCCGAUUUUUUACUAUCAGCCAGAAAUCUUAAAUUAGAGCAGAUGUUCUGUCAGGGUAGCGAGAACGACCCGGAAAGUGGGAGUUUACAAGCAAACCAAAAUUCUCUGUCAAUGAGAGACAUGUCAACGCCCCUGCAUAGCACUAUUGACAGUAUGAAUGGUGAUAAAUCAGCGAGGCUUAGCCAGAGGCUCCAGAAACAGUGUGCAGAUGAGGAGUUGGAGAAAGGCUGCGAGGGCAGCGAUAACUUGAGUGAUGAUGCCGGUGAAGCUACAGGCAGCUUCUUGGAAAGCGAGAAUGCCGUGAAGCCGUUUGCUCGGAGGUGUUUGAGAAAGAGGCAGAGCUUUUCAGCCAGAGACCAAAGCCCUUGUGCACUCCGGGAGGAAGACGAUGCAGAUGAAGACUGCAGCGACAUCGAGCAACUCAUAAUCAAGGAGGAGUUCAUCGAAACUACAGUGUGCGAUGAUUCCUCAGAGUCGCCGCGUGCGUCUGCAAGCUGUGACGUUUUCCCCACGCCAGCAGGAGACCUCAAGCCCUGUCCGUACUGCCCUGCCAUGUUCGAGUCCGGAGUUGGUCUGUCCAAUCACGUGCGAGGGCACCUGCACCGAGUCGGCUUGAGCUACAAUGCUCGGCACAUGGUUUCGCCAGAGCAAGUGGCGCUGCGGGACCGCCAGCCGCGAAUCCGCAGAAGGAUCCCCUGUAGCAGCAAGAGAGUGAGAAAAGCUGUGAAGCCAGAAACCCAAAGGGAGCACAGGUGUCCCCUGUGCUGGGGCUGGUUUGACACAAAGACGGGCCUCUCCAACCACGUGAGGGGACACCUGAGGCGAAUCGGCAGAAGUGUCACCAGCAGCAGCAAGUCUCCGCUGUGCAUCCUCAACGAACUGUUGCAGGACAAAAAGGAACAUCAGAACAUCCUCCAGGUCCUCAACAAGAGCCGGUUCCCCUCACGGUCCUGCGUCUCCCAGAAGUUCAUCAGCGGCAGCGGCCUGCUCCUGAUGCACAUGGGCAUCCCGGUGAAAAUCCAGUACCAGAUGAGGAGUCCACGUGCAUUAUUUGUACCAAAACAGGAAGCAGGGGCGUUCUCGGAGAAGAAAAAUCUUCAGGUCGAAGCACAAAGAGACACGAAGGCUUCCUCUAGCACUUUAGUUGAGCUGCUCCAGAUGAGACAGGACAGUUUGGAGCUCGCAGCGAGGAAAAGGCAGGAAGCCAACGCACCCAGGACACUCUGUGAUUUCACCAAAGACUACAAGGAGGAGACACGGAAGACCAAACUGGAACCAGACUGGACUCACGGGGAAUGUGAUAUGAAUGAGAUUUGCACUCAGUGUGACGGCACCUUUCCUGGUCAUCUCAGAGCCUACGCAUACAGGAAGAGGAUCGCCAUUUUUGAAGGCGAUGAUUAUAAACAGAAGAAGCCGAGACCAAGGCCUGGGCUAAAGAAGAAGGUUUUACCCUCCUUGAAUGCUGAAAUAUACACGCUCACCUGCAGAUUCUGUGACCUCGUCUUCCAGGGUCCACUGUCCAUCCAGGAGGACUGGAUCAAGCACUUACAGAGACACCUUCUGCACACCGGCGUGCCCCACUCAGGGACGGCGAUGGUCGAGGUUUUGGGUCUUCAUCACAAAAUACAAAUGAGUAUGUCUGGUGAGCACAUAGAUCUUGAAUAG